AUGCCGAGGGCAGGAAGCAGCCGCCACGACAAGGGGCCCGACAGCAUGCUGCCGGAGUUGAGGAUUGUCAACGAGGCGGGGGCAGAGAAGAUGCGCAAGCUGAUGGCCGGGUGGCGCUACAAGCAACGCUGCCGGAGUUCGACGCUUAGGGCUUGGUGGACCGCCCGGGGCGCCGGAACCCCGGGACUAUCCAGAUUCCCAGAGACGGGCAGCGUGCAGCGGACCUGCGGUGGGGGCGCCGCGGGCGGCAGGCCGCAGGCCGGCCGCAGGGAGGUCGCGGGCGGCCGGACUCAGGCCGGCGGCAGGGACGCCGCGGGCAGUAGGCCGCAGGCUGACCGUGGGGCUGCUGCAGGCAGCAGCCAUCAGGCCAGCGGGAGAGACGCCGCCGGUAGCGGAGCGACGGCCGCGGGGGACAAGGGAAAAAGCCCCUGGGCGUUCGUGCCCCAGCCAUCGUCUUCGUCGUCGCCGUCGCCUCCACGGCAGCGGCCGGCGGUGGGCGACGCGAAGGAAGGAGGCCAGGGCGGCCAAUCGUCGGGCGUGGAGUCCACGACGGAGGCUAGGUCCAGGGCGUGGGAGCCCGAAGACCAAGGCCGGGUCGGCGGCGCGACAGAGGGUGCCCAGGCCGCCCAAGGACCCCGCCGGAGACCAGAGGCGCCAAGGUCGGCCCCCGCCUCCAAGCCGAGCACGCCCGCACCUGAGCCGAGCGCGCAGGUGGAACCGGAGCCGCAGGCGCCGCUCCGCCCUGAGGUGAGGGCAGCGGCCGUGCCCGAGCAGCCGGCGCCAGCCGAGCUCGCCCCGAGCACUUCGAGGGCGGGGCAAAUGGCUACGGCGAGGGCGGCGUCGACGUUGCAACCAUCGAGGACCCCGAGCGCCUCUGCUGACAGGGCUCGCAGGGGACCCAACACCCGGCCGUCGAUCAGCCAGGCCGCGGAAUUCCUCCCGACCGUGCUUGGAUGCACCCGGGAGGUGAUCAAGCAGCUGGAGGCGGCCGUGGCGGUGGAGCGAGCGGAGCUCGAGAGGGACCACGCCGCCCUCGUCGAGGAGAGGGGUCGCCUAGAAGAGACCGGCCGGGUCCUGGAAUCCCACAUCGCCUCGGCCCGCGCAACCCACGAGACGGCAAUGCACACGGUGGCUGAGGAGCGGGAGGCGCUGGAGGAGGUGCGCGAGGAAGCUGUUGCCGUGCAAGAGGAGGCUAGCCGCUUGGAGCAAGCAUUGCAGAGGCGGGCCGCGGAGCUGCUUGCUCGGGAGCGGCUGGUCCGGCCGCGGGAAGAUGCAAUCGGCCAGCGCGAGAAGUCUGUGGAGACCGUCCGAGCAGACUUAGCCCGCCAGAGCGACGAGCUCAAGCGUGGUCGUGCCAAAGUCCACCGUCGGGAGGAGGAGGUAGCGAUCCACGAGACUGACGUCGAGAUCACGGCGACAGCUCAAGAUGCCCGGGAGGAGCAGAUUGCUCGGCGCGAACCAGAGGCUGCCUCGGUGUCGGCAGCCCUUAUUGCUCGAGAGGAGCAGGCCGCCAAAUGGGAGGCCGAGCUUACCGCUCGGGAGCGGGCCCUCGCCGACUUAGCCGAGCAGAUGGAGGGACACUCUGAUUCUUAA